AUGACCAUCAAGAGCUCCGAAGUCCUCCUAGGAAGUGGUAACUACUACCACUGGGAGUUCAACAUGCGGAUAACACUAGCCCGAAAGGGGCUACUGGCGCAUGUUGAGGUCGUGAAGCCCGAGCUCGAGAUCACCGAGGCGUGGCUUAUUGACGAUGCAAAGGCUCUUGGGAUCAUCGCUCAAGGUGUGGAACUGCAGCAUUAG